GCAGCAUAGCCUAUCGAUAAAUCCGCGGUCACACUGCUGGCGCUCCAAUUACCAUUUUGCAUUGUGUUCGUUCGUUUCGUGUUUUUUUUUUGUUGUUGUUAAAAUGGCUGAUACAAAGGGCUUUUCCAGCAUCGAGACGCCCGGCUAUGUGGGCUUUGCCAAUCUGCCCAAUCAAGUGCAUCGCAAGUCGGUCAAAAAGGGCUUCGAGUUCACGCUGAUGGUGGUGGGUGAGUCCGGUUUGGGCAAGUCCACGCUGGUCAAUAGUUUAUUUCUGACGGAUCUAUACCCGGAACGCAUCAUACCCGAUGCCAUAGAGAAACAAAAGCAAACAGUCAAGCUGGAGGCAUCGACGGUGGAAAUCGAGGAGCGUGGUGUCAAGCUGCGACUCACUGUUGUCGACACACCCGGCUUUGGUGACGCCAUUGACAAUUCCAACAGCUUCAGCGCCAUACUCGAGUACAUCGAUGAGCAGUACGAGCGCUUCCUGCGCGACGAAAGCGGCCUCAAUCGUCGCAACAUUGUGGACAAUCGCAUACACUGUUGCUUCUACUUUAUAUCGCCCUUUGGGCACGGCCUGAAGCCAUUGGAUGUGGAGUUCAUGAAGAAGCUUCACUCCAAGGUGAAUAUUGUGCCCGUUAUUGCCAAAGCCGAUUGCCUCACCAAAAAGGAGAUAUUGCGGCUCAAGUGCCGCAUUAUGCAGGAGAUUGAGGGCCAUGGCAUCAAGAUUUAUCCACUGCCAGACUGUGAUUCCGAUGAGGAUGAAGACUACAAGGAGCAAGUGAAGCAACUGAAGGAAGCUGUGCCUUUUGCCGUCUGCGGCGCCAAUACACUACUCGAGGUCAAGGGCAAAAAGGUGCGCGGCCGUCUCUAUCCCUGGGGUGUGGUGGAGGUCGAGAAUCCCGAUCAUUGUGAUUUCAUAAAGCUGCGCACAAUGCUGAUCACCCACAUGCAGGACCUGCAGGAGGUAACGCAAGAGGUGCACUAUGAGAAUUAUCGCUCCGAUCGCCUGGCCAAAGGCAUUAAGGUCAAGGAGAAUGGCAUCAAGCAGGAGCGUGACAACAAUGUGAAUGCUCAGGCACAGGCCAAUAAUGCGCUCUCGGAGAAGGACCGCAUACUGCAGGAGAAGGAGGCGGAGCUGGCACGCAUGACGGAAAUGCUUGCACAAAUGCAGGCGCGCAUGCAAGCGCAGCAUUGAAGCGUUUUCCAACACCUACACUUACGCACCUACAUCUUAAAAAUCAAGCAGCGAAUUGCACGCCAAUGUGCAAUCGUUUAGUUUAUACACAACAAAAAAGCAUAUAUAUAUAUAUAUAUAUAUUUUGUACGCAGAUUUAAUUAAGUUGCGCUCGCGCUUGACUAUAUAUUCUCAACUGUAAAACGAAUGGCGCUAAAAGUAUUUUGUAUUAAUUUUUUGCAUUCAUCAUAUACAUUACAUAUUUGUAUGUACAAUGAAUAUCAAUAUAUAUAUAGUACAUAGUUAUAUAAACACACACA